UCUGCCCGUUCCGUACCAGGUACAAGCUGGUGUCGACGCUCAAAAUUCUAGUGCACACAGCCAUUUGAAAUGACAGAACGAUUCCCCGACUCGGGUUCAUCGACGUGAUAUUCAGCGAGGCGUCCUUCGGCUCCUUGCGGAGCGCGAAUUGCAACAUCUCUGGCGACAAAAUUGGUCGAAUUACGUACAAGGAAGGUACGAGUAGGCCUCAAGGAUAGAAAAACUUGCCGCGAUACAAAGUACAAGAACGAUAAGAACACGUACUUUUUGUGCGGGAAAACGGAAAGGAACGAAAGGGUGUGUGAACAAAGAAGAAGAACCAGUUAUCCGUUAUCAGGAUCCAAAGUCCAAUGAAGAUCCACUGGCAUGGCCACGCAACUCAGCCCCCGAAAUUCGGAGGUGAACGCUCUUGAGCAGCGGGGCUAUCUUAUUGGCAAAAAAAUCGGACAGGGCUCGUACGCGACCGUACAUCUGGCAGAAUACGUGGACGGAACGAGCUCGAAAAAAUUGCGAUUAGCCUGUAAGAUAUUCGACAAGCAGAAAGCGCCGCUUGAUUUCCUCGAUAAGUUCUUCCCUCGUGAACUCGAAAUCCUUACAAAGAUCGAAAAUCCUCACAUCAUUCAAGUGCACAGUAUAUUGCAGCGUGGUCCAAAAAUCUUCAUAUUUAUGCGGUAUGCGGACAAUGGCGAUCUCCUGGACUUUGUAAAAAGGAACGGUGUCGUACCGGAGCAACAAUCGAAGCUCUGGUUCAAACAGAUGGCUUCCGGUCUGCAUUACCUCCACGGGAAGAACAUCGCCCACCGUGAUCUGAAAUGCGAGAACAUCCUCUUGUCCAGGAAGUUCAAUGUCAAGCUUGCAGACUUUGGUUUCGCGAGAUUCUGCGUUGAUCACGAUGGCAGACGCGUUCUCAGCGAGACGUAUUGUGGCUCCGCGGCAUACGCUGCACCGGAAGUUGUUUCCGGCACCCCCUACAACCCAAAACUGGCGGACGUCUGGUCUCUCGGCAUAAUUCUAUUUAUCAUGUUAAACGCAUCGAUGCCCUUCGACGACUCGAACUUGAAGAAACUGUUGAAGGAUCAGAUGUCGAGGAACUGGAUGUUUCGGUCGCGAGUGCGGGAAACAGUGUCUGCGCUGGCAAAGAGCAUCGUCAAACACAUUCUAGAACCGGACAUUACUUUGAGGCUAACGCUAGAAAGGGUUCUGAGCCAUGAGUGGGUACGCACGAAGAAAGAGAAGCUUGGAUCUCUUACCGGUCGAUUGGUACAUUCAGCACCGCCUAUUCACGCGCAGACUUGCGGAGGCGGAGGAAAUUUGGUUGGAGCAGGGGCUGCAGGGGGUUGCAACAUACCCGUCGUAUUAAAAGGACUAUCGUCAUUCAAGAACUCUGAGAAUCAAAAUCAUGGUACUGCCGUAAAGACGAACAAUGCGGGAAGAAACACACAGUUGUCCGCUAUUGAAUGAAGAAACAUAGGACCGACAAGGAUGAACCAGCGUCGUUCGUGCGUUCGAACGUCAACGAACACACACGAAUGUUUAUAAUGCAUUUUCUUUACUUUCCCGAUGAUUGUUGAUCUAUACAUGAUUUUUAAUAACGCAUACUUUUAAUAAAGAAUAUCACAAUUUUAAUGGUGGGUGAUUGUGAACGGCGCGAUCUCUAUAAAUCGGGAAUAACGGUCGAAGAAAAUGAUAAUAAUUAAGUUUAUUGUACAACUAACAUCUAUUAAUAUACAAAACUAUAAUUUUUGAUUACACGUUCGGCGACGUGGCAUAAUAUAAGUAGAUAAUAAGUAACGGUACAAGUAAAUAUCUUUAAUAUAUAUAGUUUUACAUUAAAACAACAAAUAAUUUACACGAUUCAAUAUGUCCUCGCACAUCUGUGUCAAUCUCACCCAGCAUAGCACCCCCGGAUGUUAAAACUACACAUAUACAUUGCCUGAGAGAGAUCGACUUGGGCGAUCGAAAAAAUUAUAAAGAAUAUUAUCUAGUGAGGUUGAGUCUAGAGGGCAGCUCUAAUAUAAUAUACUUGUCUCUGUAAAAAUAUUAAUUCGUUUAUGACCUUAAUCAACAGCAUCGCGUGUACAGAAGGGCGUGGUUUAUUCUGGUCGAUUUUGUGCGUGUUUCAUUUAUAAGAUACACAUUCCACGUUUAUAUUUUAUUACAAAACUUUAGACAAUCAAAACUAUUCCGUGCGAUCAUGUACAAAAGUAACUCGCGUAUUGUUUUACGAAAGAUCUUUUACCUCGAGGUUGCAAUGAAUCAACCCUUGUACGAUUAAUUCGCUAAGAACGUCAUUUUCUAUGUGAAAUAAAAGGUGCACUCGUCACGAGCGCGGCAGUUGUAUACAGACGAUACAAUUUCUCUAUUUACAAAUACUAUAACAAAAUGUCUAAAGAUAAAUUUAAGUAUUUUUCUUGUUUUCUUUUUUUUUACAAAUAUCAGCCAACACGUCGCAUUGUAUCUCAGAUCAGAGCUUUCCAUUUUCACCAAUAACAAUUGAUUU